UAUCAACCUUCCAAAAGCAACCUUGUGGACAGACAGCAUUGAAUUCUAAUACCACCACCACUAUCAACCUUUCUACUAACACAGAAGUAUACUAACGAUAAGGGAUCUCAACUACCUCAAAACCGGGGGAACCACACACCCCCCCCUUCUGCACAAUAGAAAAAGAUGCAACCGACGCCAGGGAUAGCCGAAGACCAAAACCAGAACCACAACCAGAACCCUCUGGUCUACCUCCACGCCGAACUCCUCCCACAUAUCCGCCACAUUACCCUCUAUGUCUCUGUUCCUGCCGAGGACAGCGACGCCCAAUCGGAAGAAACCUCUCGCACAUCAGUGAGGGAAACAAAGGGAGAUGUGCAACUCACACUCUCCGAAUCCCGCCGCGCGGUGUCAGUGUCGGUAUCCGUGACACCGUCGGUCUCGCCACUGUUUUCCGGCAGUGGCGACGACGAUGCCUCUUUGGCGAGGAGAGCAGCCGAGCCAGCGACGGAAACGAUGAAACUCCCCGCGCGUGUCACGGAGGGCGCAAGAUAUGUGCUUCGCGCACCGCAGUGGCAGCACACCCCUGAGGGGCGGCGGGAGUCGUCGUUUCGGAUGCAGGUUGACGCCGAUAAUGGGGAGGGACUGUUGGCGGGGAGUGGGGAAAAGGAGGAGCCGGUGGGCGGGUUUGUGCCGUGGAGGGCGCCGGAUAUGCGGUCGGGGACGAGGGUGAGGUGUCGCGGGUGUGAGAGGGUGGUUCUGGAUCAGCCUUCACGAUCGGCGGGGUGGGUGUGGAAGGAUCUGCCGAGUGGGAAUUGGGCUGAGAUGAUGGAUUUUUGGCACUGCCAUAAGCCGGAUCCUGAGGUUGGUCAUGAUGGCCAUGAUCUUGCAGAUGGGGAGGGCGAGGGUGGCCUUAAUGCCGGGGAUGAGCGGCGGCGGCAGCAGCAGCAGCAGGGUACAAAACCAGGUGAAGGUCGACCGGAUGAUCCAAAUGCAACGGUCAAAGGGUAUGGGGCUGCGAAUCAGGUCGUGGCUACCGUGGGCACGAUCCUGGUGGAUGUCGCGACGUUUCUGGUGGCGGCGGAGGAUUGUUUGGGGGUGAAGAAGGACCCGGACUCAGAUGAUAUCCGCUGUUGCAGUUGUAAUACAUUACUCGGCCAGGUCGACCUUACAGCCAAAGGCUGGAGACUCUUCAAGACCGCUCUCUCGGCCACGGCGAAGACUGGUACCGAGCAAUUGGAGUGGGAGACUCACCCCAUCGAGGUCAUCAUCGCCGCCCAGCUCCUGGAACUAGUCGAACGAGAAAGCGCCCGCCGCUUCGUUGUUCACUGCGGACAUAGCAGUGGAUUAUUGAUCUGGGUCUUCAACCCCGACAUGCGGUAUUCCAACUCGAGCGCCCACCACAGCAUCGCCGCCCAGCGAGCGAUGAAGGUGUUCUUUCAGCGUCUCCACAACGUGGAGCAGACGCUACACCCGGAGGUCGGGAAGCCGUCGAGCACGCUGGCAUUGGAGGAGGUACAGCUGCCGGAGGAGACGUAUCGGGCUUUCGAGGAGGUGCUGGACGCGCGGAAUGCGAUGCUGCCGGUGUCGGCGAGGGUGUUUAGGGAGUGGAGGGUGGGGGUUUUGCAUCGGUUGCAGCGACGUUGA